UCUGAGCUGCAAAACAGAAAAUUCUGGGGAGAGCGAGGGAGAGAGAAGAAGAAGGAGGAGUAGAGAAGCUUUCUUCGCACAUCGGUGUGUAAGGAUGCUGCAGUGUAUAUUUCUUCUCUCCGAUUCUGGGGAGGUAAUGUUGGAGAAACAGCUUACAGGACACCGAGUCGAUCGAUCCAUUUGUGCUUGGUUUUGGGAUCAGACUCUCUCUCAGGGAGAUUCCUUUAAGUCACUACCAGUGAUUGCUUCACCAACACAUUACCUUUUCCAAAUCGUUCGUGAAGGCAUCACGUUCUUGGCUUGCAGUCAGGUCGAAAUGCCGCCAUUGAUGGCAAUCGAGUUCCUUUGCAGAGUAGCCGAUGUUCUGUCUGAUUACCUUGGAGGGCUGAAUGAAGAUCUCGUGAAAGAUAAUUUCGUCAUCGUUUAUGAGCUUCUGGAUGAAAUGAUCGAUAAUGGAUUCCCUCUCACAACAGAACCUAACAUUCUGAGGGAGAUGAUAGCUCCGCCCAAUAUCGUUAGCAAGAUGUUGAGUGUUGUAACAGGUAAUACUUCCAACGUUAAUGACACGCUCCCAAGUGGAACAUCUUCUUGUGUUCCUUGGCGACCUACGGAUCCAAAGUACUCUAGCAAUGAAGUCUAUGUCGAUCUUGUUGAAGAAAUGGAUGCAACCGUUAACAGGGACGGAGAGCUGGUAAAAUGUGAAAUAUAUGGCGAAGUCCAAGCGAACUGUCAGCUCUCGGGUUUUCCAGACUUGACAUUGUCAUUUGCAAACCCAUCAAUCAUAGAGGAUGUGAGGUUUCAUCCAUGCGUCCGUUUCAGACCAUGGGAAUCUCAUCAAGUUCUCUCCUUUGUUCCCCCUGACGGACAGUUCAAGCUCUUGAGUUACAGGGUGAAGAAUCUGAAGAGCACUCCUCUAUAUGUAAAGCCUCAGAUAACAUCUGAUGCCGGGACAUGUCGUGUUAGCAUAUUGGUCGGGAUAAGAAGUGAUCCGGGAAAGUCAAUUGAGUCGAUAACUUUAAGUUUCCAGCUCCCGAACUGUGUCUCAUCAGCGGAUCUCUCAUCAAAUCAUGGAACCAUAACCAUCCUUUCUAACAAGACAUGUUCUUGGACAAUCGGGAGGAUCCCAAAGGACAAGACUCCAUGUUUGUCGGGGACAUUGGUGCUGGAGAGUGGAUUAGAUCGGCUUCAUGUUUUCCCGACGACGAAACUCGGGUUUAAGAUAAUGGGCAUUGCUCUUUCUGGGCUACGGAUCGAGAAACUUGAUCUGAAAACCAUCCCUCCUCGUCUGUACAAAGGGUUCCGAGCUCAGACACGAGCUGGAGAGUUCGAGGUCAGACUAUAGUCUUUUUGUCUACUGUGAAGUUUAUUUUUUUUAAAGUUCGGUUGUUUUUGGGAUGGAAUUACUUGCAAAGUUUGGCAGGAACCCUGAUUAGAAACGCCGUUGAGGAUUCUGCGAUUCUUGUGAAGUGUAUGUCUCUGUGUUUUUUUCUUGAUGAAUGAUUUUCUUUGGUCAAAGACAUGACAUUGGUUUUGUUCUUACCAAAUAUCAUAAGCUAUGAAGUGUAUGUCUCUAUGUUAUAUA